UUUAGGACCACGCGGCCCCACCGGCACGGGAGAAAAAGACAGGCAGGCAGACAAAGGCACGAGAAAGAGAGAGAGAGAGAGAGAAAGAGAAAGAGAGAGAAAGAGAGAGAGAUCCUGCAGCAUCCACACCCACCCCGCACGAGCUCCACACUGUCUAUCACACACACACGCACACGCCUCACGCCUCACGCGCACCGCAGAUAACCCCGUAUCUAAAGGAUCUAAAGUUGUGAGUGGGGGCCUGGGGGACUGAAGAAACGUCGGACCACACGUGCCAUAGGAUUGGUCCAAGUUACCCAUAAUUCCACACUGCUGAAGGUCUGACCGUAGCCAUGGAGCUGGAUUUCGGACACUUUGACGAGCGAGACAAGUCGUGCCGCAGGAAGCCGGAGAAGAACGGCCUGCCGAGUCCGACGCACAGCGCGCACUGCAGCUUCUACCGCACGCGCACGCUGCAGGCGCUCUCCAACGAGAAGAAGGCCAAGAAGGUCCGCUUCUACCGCAACGGCGACCGCUACUUCCGCGGCAUCGUCUACGCCGUGGCCAACGAGCGCUUCCGCACCUUCGACGCGCUGCUGGAGGACCUGACGCGCUCGCUGUCCGACAACAUCAACCUCCCGCACGGCGUCCGCUUCAUCUUCAGCAUCGACGGCACACGCAAGAUCAGCAGCCUGGACCAGCUGGAGGAAGGUGAGAGCUACGUGUGCGCCUCAGAGAACUACUACAAGAAAGUGGACUACACGAAGAACGUGAACCCGAACUGGUCCGUGAACGUGAAGGCGAGCGCGAUUCAGAAGAACGCGGCGAGCCGCCUGGCGAGUGACAUGCGCGAGAACAAGGACUUCGUGCGGCCCAAGCUGGUGACGGUGAUGCGCAGCGGCGUGAAGCCCAGGAAGGCCGUGAGAGUUCUGCUGAACAAAAAAACCGCACACUCCUUCGAACAGGUUCUCACUGACAUCACCGAGGCCAUCAAACUGGAGAGCGGCGCCGUCAAGAGGAUCUACACACUGGACGGAAAACAGGUCACUUGUCUGCAGGACUUCUUCGGAGAUGACGAUGUGUUUAUUGCUUGUGGACCGGAGAAGUUCCGUUACGCACAGGACGACUUCUCACUGGACGAGAACGAGUGUCGCGUGAUGAAGACUCCUAAAGGUCAGAAAGGUUCGGCUAAAAGUCCUGGUCCGAUUCGCCGCAGCAAAUCUCCUGCUGAGUCCACUAAUGGUACCGGCUCCAGCAGUCAGUUGUCCACUCCGAUCUCUAAACAGUCUCCGAUUUCGACCCCGACCAGCCCCGGAAGCACCCGCAAACAGAAGGAUCUGUAUCUUCCUCUCUCCCUGGAAGACGACACCGAAUCACUGGGAGAAUCCAUGUAAGCUCCGCCCACCCGUCAAUCACCCCGAGCUGCCGAUCACAGAGGUAUCUGUGGUGUUCUUCGUCGCCCCCCGGCGGUGUGGAGGAGUGGCGUUUCUUUAUCGCUUCGGCACCGUCCAGCUUUCGAGCGGUUAUUCUGUCGUUUCUGCGCUUUUUCUUUUUUUUUGCUGCUUGUGAAUUCGUCGCGUCCAUUUACAGCACCUUUCUUCAAGUUUGUGUUUUUUUGUAAUAAUAUUUUUAAAAUAAUGUUCUGUAUAUGCAGGGCAUAUACACGACGAUCACGAACGAGUUGAACACCUGGGUUUCUACGCAAUUUAAAUCCUUUUUGUGCAUUUUUGAAGUGAUUUUUUAAAAAAAGAAAAAUCCCUGAUAUCAAAUGUACAGUUUGUAGUUGUGAGUGCAUUUCAUAUCAGCGUGUAGAUUUUUUUUUUUUAGAUUUUUUUGUUUACCUGUCAUGAUUUGUCACUUUAACAUUAAAAAAAACAUUCUUUCAGGGCUUGGUUCUGCGAAUUCCAAGCAGCAAACGAAGUUCUAUCGGUCUGACUUGUACAAAAAUACUUUUUAUUAAUCUUUUUUGUAACUCUCGCUGUGUUAAAUAACUCGCUGUGCUUUUAAAACAAAUCGAAAGCAGUUUUUUGUUUCAGUCCUGACUAGGCAUGUGCUGAAUUAACGCCAUUUUCAGAUUACGAUAACAGGGUUACGAUUUUAUCACAGUACUGUAGCUACAUGUAGCUUUUUAUUCGUACGCUGUCGCACACGUGACGAUCGUUUGCUCAGAACGGCUCGUUAGCUUCUCUCUAAACUGUUAGCGACUGUAACCAAGAGUGAGACGACUAACACGAGCUAGCUAGAUGCUAAUAUGCGAGUUUUUAAACCGUUUUAAAAAGCGAAUUUCACAAAUUUGACUGUUCAGAACAAUCUCACGCUUGGAAUUGUUUUUUUUUCGAUAACAGUAUCGUUAAAUAUCACGAUAUAUCGUAUAGGAUCGAUCAUCAGCACAUGCCGAGUCCUGACCCACGCCGUGCUGAUUCAGCGUUUCAACGGCAUGUUUAAAAAAUCUGAGCUUACGGGAAAAGGGAAAAAAAUUCACUCGUGUUUUUUGUGUUUAAGUAAGCAAACUGAUUAAAAAAAAAAACGUAAAAAAAAGAGGAAAAUAGAAAAAAAAAAAUAAAUAAAUAAAUAAGAAGGAAGCAAGAAAACUGUCCAACCAAAGCCAUAAGAUUAGGGCCCUUUAGACAAUAAUAAGCACAUUCAUCACCCUGAGAUUAAAACGGAGUUUCGCCUUCUUUACGUCUGUGAUUUAGUUUUUCUUGAACGAGGGAUUUGCAGUGAAGAAUCGAAAGCAUACUGGAGAGGAUUUUUGAGAAGAAAGCCAAAGUAAUUUGAAAGGUUUGAAGGAUCGAAGGAUUUUUUAUUUUUUUCUUCAUUCUGGUGGCGGUGUACAUAUCGGCAUGAGUCACGCUCUAGCGCUAGAAACUCGCGUAAAUCUGAAAAAAAAACAUUUAAAAAAAUUUCUACUUUCUCUAAAAGAAAACGUUUGGGAUAAAAUAUCUGUUUUUUUGUUAUAAUGCAUGGUGGUGUGUUCUCUCUUACGGGGAAAAAAAAACGAGAAUGUCAACAUUUCUUUGCUGAUGCUAAUAAUCACGUUGUCUAAAUCGUCUGAAAUUCAUAUUACACGUUGAUUUGAUUUGAUUUGAUUCAGGAGUCGGACACUAAUCUGAUCUGAUCUGAUCUGAUCGCUUCUUUCUCAAAGCUGUUCAUGUAAAAAAAAAAAAAAACACUUCUACACUCAUCAUCAUUAUUACUGCUGUUAUUAUUAAUGAUUAUACUUAUUCAUAUUUUUAUCAGACGUGAUCGGACGUGAUCGGACGUGAUCGGACGUGAUCGUCUGACAUUAAGCUCUGAAUUUCGUGACUGUAUAAAUCGCUCAGCGUUAACGGAUGGUCUUUUUUGUAACAGAUCGAAUUCAUGCUUGGUACAAACACACACACACACACACACA